UACUUAACCAGGAGAAUCCCUCAGAAUCCCAAGUACCAACAUAUCAAAACUCGCCUCGAUACCG